UACGGGUCGACUAGGUUCUACGCCCCGCACGCCGGGGCGUGGAUUUCGCUUCUGAUCAUGCGCAGUGAGCCCGUGGCGCGGCCCGUCAGGCGCUGCGGUAGGCGCCCUGGGGGCUGGCAGGACCCUGGCCCCAAGAUGGCGGCGCCCAGCGCAGUGGCCCCUGCUGCCUCCGGCGAGAGCGAUGGAGGGGGCAGCGGCUUUGAAUCGUGGCUAGACGGACGGUUGGAGGCGCUGGGAGUGGACCGAGCCGUUUACGGUGCCUACAUCCUGGGUGUCCUUCAGGAGGAGGAGGAAGAGGAGAAGCUGGACGCUCUGCAGGGUAUCCUCUCUGCUUUCCUGGAAGAAGAUUCCCUUCUUAACAUCUGCAAGGAGAUUGUGGAACGAUGGUCGGAAACUCAGAAUGUUGUCACCAAAGUGAAAAAAGAAGAUGAGGUCCAGGCCAUUGCCACCCUCAUUGAGAAGCAGGCGCAGAUUGUGGUGAAGCCCAGGAUGGUGUCAGAAGAGGAGAAGCAGAGGAAAGCUGCGCUCCUGGCGCAGUAUGCUGACGUGACAGACGAAGAGGAUGAAGCAGAUGAGAAGGAUGAUUCAGGUGCCACCAUGAUGAGCACUGGUUCUGAGAAAUCCCUGUUUCGAAACACCAACGUGGAAGAUGUCCUUAAUGCCCGAAAACUGGAGCGAGACUCUCUUCGGGAUGAGUCCCAAAGGAAGAAGGAACAGGACAAGCUGCAGAGGGAGAGGGACAAGCUAGCCAAGCAGGAGCGCAAGGAAAAGGAAAAGAAAAGGACUCAAAGAGGAGAGCGAAAGCGAUAACCUUGGUCCACUCUAUUCUUUCUCCUCAUGAACUUGGUCAAAGGGAGAACUGGUUGUGCACUUGUGUAUUUAAGAGAAAUGAGAAAACAUUGCAAAAGUGGUUUCCCAAGGCAUUUCCCCUUUUGUUUACAUGGUCAAAAGGAAAAUCACAAACACUUCUAAUUACAAAAUGUGCCAUGUCUCUGUGAUGUGGGUAAGCAGAUUAUUGUAGUUGAUGUCUGUACCAAAGAUCUGGAAUGGGGGCAAUCUUUAUAUUUUAAUACUGAAGUCCUGUACUCCUUUUGGCCACUUUAAAAAGUCUUCCCUCACCUGGGAUAAAGAGCAGGAAUAUUCAGAAAGCUGACAGUUUUUGUCCUGACGGAGCAGAAUCAUGACCACUCCUUCCCUGAGAUGAAAUGUAGGAGUGUCAAUUGCUUCAGAAGUAGUAUUCACCCCUAAAUGUAUUGUUUUAUGGCUGAAAUAGGAAGCUGAUGAAGAGCCCCACCUGGAUCCAGACUUUAUGUUACAUGGCAACAAACUAGGAAAAUGAGAAGUUAUUUGGUGGCUGUUCUACAUUUGAGAUUUUUUAAAAGUUUCAGCCUAUGGUAGGAAACAAAGUGUCUUUUAAUAAGAGUUAGUUAUAUAUUUUUCCUUAUCUGGGCUGUGAUUUUUAUUUUUAUUUUUUUUGCGGUAAGUGGGCCUCUCACUGUUGUGGCCUCUCCCGUUGUGGAGCACAGGCUCCGGACGCGCAGGCUCAGCGGCCAUGGCUCACGGGCCCAGCCGCUCCGCAGCAUGUGGGAUCUUCCCGGCCCGGGGCACGAACCCGUGUCCCCUGCAUCGGCAGGCAGACUCUCAACCACUGCGCCACCAGGGAAGCCCUGGGCUGUGAUUUUAAGAAGGAUGUGUCAGUAUUGAGUGCAAGGAUAUCAUUGUUAGCUAGAUUCAUUUUUUAUAAUCAUGAAUCCUCUUGAGUGCUAGUAGAGAUUUUAAUCCUGAUCUGCCCUAAAACAUAUAAGGACCUGAUAAUUACAAGUUUAAAGAAACCCUUUUAAGGAAGAAACACUGGAAAGCUCUGCUAACACAAAGAUAUUUAAGAGUGUACAUAGUAGGUGCAACAAAUUUAUUGAACGAGUGAGUGAAUGGAAAAACUGCUUGGGAGAGUCAAAAGUGAGUAGGAACUCUCGUCCAUGUCUACUUUUGUCACAAGCCACAUUCGGCUGUAAAUAGGCCUUUCCCUACUUCAGGCAGUAGCCUGUCAAGAAGCCUGAAGACAGCAAUUCCUCUGUCAAGACAGAAAGUAGAUAUUUUAUACCAGGGGUGGGCGAACAACUGCAAGCAGCCAAAUUUUGCCCAGUCUGGUUCUGUGCGGUGCAAGCUAACAACGGGUUUCACAUCUUCAAAGGGCUGUAAAAGAAAGAAUAUGUGACAGAGACCUUAUGUGACCUUUAAAGCCUAAAAUAUUUACUACCUGGCCCUUUGGAGAAAAUGUUUGCUGACCUCUGUUUUAUACCAUUAACUAUGAGAUUAACAAAUUUUUUUACCUUUCUGUGGAAGGUAAAACGCAUGGUUAAGGAAAUGAUGUGUCACCUCUAUACACUCCUAUAACCGUGGCAUUGCAAAAUUUUUUUUAAAUAACCACCUUUUAAAAAAAUAAACUAUUUAAAUCACUGUCUUCUGAUUUAUUCUGAUUCCUUCCACCUGGAAGUGAGUUCUGUGUGGAUAGUCACUUAGGAAUGGGUUUGAAUUUUACUUAUGUUUUGAUUAGCCCAGUUAUCUCUUCUGCUAGUAGAACCUCUUCCUGGAAUCUAUAAAUUCUCUGCCUCAGUUUUCCUUUCUAUGAGUUGGAUAUUAGGAGAUCAGAAAGGUUACCUUCUCUUUUGGACAGUCAGUAGAUUGGCUUUGAAGUCUCUGAAGUACUGUUGGAGUCUUAGUUUCAUAUGUGGCUGUGGCUACAGAUAGCAUAUGAGAGAGCCUAUUUUAAUUUAAUAACCCAUAUUUUGGAUUUUUGGUUGGUUCUCACCUUGAUUUUGGUCUCUGAAGCAGAGUCAAGUUAUAUCCAUAGACCCCUGAAGGGUUCUAGUUUCAAUCUGUUAUAACAGUAGGCAAUUCUUUCUUCUGGGACUCUAUUACAUAGGUUAUAGUUAGUGUACACUUGAACUAAUGCUUACACAGAAAAAGAGGAUCAGCUCAUUAGGCUUUGAGUAAGGUUAUCCAGUUAACUCAGGUGCCAGUAAAUCCUUUAUGUCUAAAAUAUUCAAUACUGCAAAAGGCAAAUUUUAAACAACCAUAUUUUCUGUGGUAUGAUUGACAUUUUAGGCCAAAUUUGGAAUUUCGGUCACAACAUUAAUUCCCAACCCUCUAAAACAUUAUAGUACCAGAUUAUUCAUAGGUUGUAAUUCAGAAGUACAAUGCUUAAGAACCAUCCAUUAGAGGGUAUACAAUAGAAAGGAACAACCUACUAACUUGAGUUAUCCAAAGCAUGACUUGAUUAACAGAAUUUCAAAGAAUUUUUGUGUUUGUAUUUUGUUAAUGGACUAGUGUUUAAUUUCUGACCACUGUCAUGUAAAAGUUUCCCCAGAAUUUUUAUUCUGGUUUGCCAGGAAUAGCACAAAGGCAGAACAAAAAUUUAUUUGAAGGAGGUCAGGUUAGAUCUAAGGAUAUCUGAAUGGCAUUGGUUUAUUAUCUACUAACACUAUUAUUUAUGUGUUAAUAAUGAAAUUUAAAACUUACCACCAGUUCUUAUCAGUUAAAUGAAAUUUAAUUGGUUUUCUGGCAUGAGUGACUCUUAAUGUUAGAAACUAAUACAGGGACUUCCUUGGUGGUCCAGUGGUAAAGAAUCCGACUUGCAAUGAAGGGGAUGCUGGUUCAAUCCCUGGUCGGGGAACUAAGAUCCUACAUGCCGCAGGGCAACUAAGCCGGCUCCCACAACUACUGAGCUCACGCGCCUCAACGAGAGAGCCCGUGUGCUGCAAACUACAGAGCCCACGCGCCCUGGACAGCCUGUGUGCCACAACUAGAGAGUAAAACUCGCAAGCCACAACUAGAGAGAAGCCCACACGCCGCAACAAAGAGCUGGAGCGCUACAAGGAAAGAUCCUGCAUGCUGCAAUUAAGACCCAACGCAGCCAAAAAAGAAUAAAAGAAAAUAAAUAAAUAUUAAAAAAAAACUAAUACAAACAUGUAAAAAAAUGAAACUAAAUAUUUUCAACAAAGUAAUUUAUUUAUUUUUCCUGAGAGACUAAAUUCAGUUCAAUAUUUGUUUUCAUAACACCCAACAUGUCUUACAUCAAACUUAACCACUUUCUAUACAGUGACUGUGGUGGGAUGAUCUAUUUUAUUUGACUACCCUCAAUGUAAUUCAUUUGGGUAGUUCUAAGGCAUUUCAGUGAUCAAAGUGUUUCUCCCUACAGUUAAUCCUGCAUUCUCAAUCAGUUUCUUCUGAAUAUCAUCUAAAGAAAAUUUAUGUGGUGUGAUUACACUUUUUUUUUUUUAAUACCAGGAUUUCUAAAACUAGGAAACACACCAACAUUUGAAACAUUAGUGUUUCUAGUCAAGGAUAGUUCAAUUAAAUUUCAUCAGUACAUUAUAUUAUAGUUUAACUCAUGCUAGAAAUGUUAAAACCCAAGAUCUUCUGAGUCACAUAAUACCAACAUUUCAUAUUAAUGAAUUACUCAGGUUCCAUACAAAGAUAUUAAGUGAUGAGAAACAGAAAAAGCCAAGCUUUCAAGAACGCUCUUAAAAAAAUACAGAAGCAAACUAAUGAACAGAACUACACAAAAUAUACACUAACCAAUUGCAAACUAAACAAGUUAAAGAUUAACCUUAAAAAAAUACAUUUUAGAACUUCGUGAUACCCUCAUAAAAGGCAGCAAACUAAGGAUAUUAAAACAAUAAUCAUUAUUUUAGUUACUGUGCAUCAAGUCUAAAAGAUCCAGAUAAAGGAAAUGUUUUGUUUUUGAUUCAGUUAAAAUACUUUAAAACUGGAAAUAUUUAAUAAUUGAUAGUAUAAUUAAAUUUUAAAGAAUAUACACAAAUGAUUUGAACAGGCUUUAUAUUCAGUAACUUGCAUGGUCUUUUCACUGGCACUUUUAUCCCUGCUUUAGGAGAAUCAGAUGCAUUUUCCUCCAUAUACUUAGGUACUAAGAUUUCAAAUUUAUAAAUAUGGUAGUAUUUUAAAUAUUUUUACAUGAAUAUUGGGUUCAUCCUUGUUUUCCUUUGUUUCCUAGGUAUUAUCCAGUUUUGUAAGGAAAACACUUUUAUAUCACAAUCAAAACUAUGUCUUGGUUACUAGACUGUAGCCAUAAUUGGGUUACAGUCACUUAGAUUCAUUAUUUGGAAUUAUACUUACUAAGGCAGACCUAAAUGAAACAUCUUCUAGAAGAAUUUCACAUUUGCAUUUACCUGCACUGCAGAAUGGGUUUCAGCAAUAUUUUAGCUGUUAGGAAAUAUUUAAUUUACUUAAACUUGUUAUCUUUGACUACCCAGGAACCCCUAGGGUAGUCAACUUUAGCUUUGAGUUCACUUUAAACUACAUCUGAUUCAUUCCAAAUAGAAGAUUUUUAAAUAGAAGUUAGACUUCAUUAAGGUAUUACCUUUAAAUCUGAAAGAAAAUUAAUGUAAUGAAAUUUUCAAGUUUGAC